ACGUAAAGAAGCCGGACUGUAACUUUUUGCGGAGGACUUUUUGCGUUAGAUCUUGCUAUGACAAAAUAACUUGUGAAGUUUUUUGUUGUUGUUUUUCACGAGUAAUCUAACCUGGGUCUUUUAUGAUACUGUUAGAACUUUUUAUUGUAACAUUGGGUUGGAAACAUGGGCUGCUUUAUCCUUAUCAUGAAACAAUGACCAACCUCUUAGAUUUGUCUUAAUGUGGGGAAUUAGGCUGUUUCAGCAAAUAACGUGGUACAGUUCUCAACAGCAAUGGCAUUUUGUUUGCAUAUUCAACUUUUUGCUGCUUUUGUCUUAUGUUUUAAGGUGUGUGCUCAGAUGGUGCCAAAUGAAAAGCGUCCAGGCCUGCAGGUGUUGGCCACAGCUUCACAUUAUUGGCCUCUCGAUGUAGUGGAUGGAAUUCAUGAGCUGUGGGACAAGAUUGGAGACAGACCACGUUAUGUCAGCGACAGUGAAAUAACUGUCAGAAUCCACAACCACACUGUGCUCCCUUCUUCCCAUAACUCUUCCUAUGUGUAUACCAAUGACUCUGCCUACACUAACAUUUCCGCAAUAGUAGACAUUGUUGAAGGAGUAUACAAUAGGGGCAUCUUUCUGAACAGCGAUAACGGCGGCUUUUUUCUUCACUUUGGAACCUACCAGAACUCCUGCAUGAGUGAUCCUAUUCUGUGUGGUCUUGAGGGUAUGACCUUCUCCUUCUUUUGGAAAAACGAAAAGGCAGAUUCCAAUUUUGCCGUAGUGUCUGGACCAAAGGUUAUUUCCAAUGGCUUCUCAGUCUUUACAGACUCUCACAAAGGAUUUGUGGAGCUUUACACGCGAGACAACAAACACUUUUGGAGGGCAGAAAUUCCUAUCUCAGGCCCAUUUUGGACACAUGUUCUGUUCACCUGGACCAAGAAGGAUGGUCUGAAAGUUUAUAUCAACGGGACUUUCUGUGAUGGAGAUCCAACCGGCAGUGUCUCAGAGAACUCUGGGGACCGCAGUUCUGAUGUUUUCCUUAAAACUGAGAAUAGGGCACAUCGUCAUUAUGCAACGCUGGUUUUUGAUGAAUUUGUCAUCUGGAAAAGGGCCCUUUCACCUCAUCAGAUCAAACUUUAUUAUGGUGCAGCUCUAGGUCAGGAUAUGGCUUCUGCCACAACACACGGAAAUGCCGUAGAUAUCCCCACAACUACAGCAACAGGGAGAGCAUUUGAAGUGACUCCUCCUGUCAUCAGCAGUCAUCAGGAGGUGGUCCAAAGCUCCCAGGGGCCAAACACUAUGCCUGUACUGGACUUCCUCAGCACACUGCCCAACAGGACAAUUCCUCACAACGCUGCCAACAACCUCACACAGGCUUUUCUCAAAAGCGUGGAAGAGGUUCUGUCCUCUCCAGGAUUACCGGAGUCCGGCCCGGUGGUCAGCAGUUUGAUUGAGACAGUGGACACAGUGAUGGGACACAUGGUGACAAAGCUGGAGUUGAGCUCUAGCUCUCCCUUCUCCCUGGGUGGAACGUCUUUGGUUGCAGAUUACUCACUGAUGAAACUGCCACAAAACUUCAAUCUGCCACAUUACCGCUUUCCCACACAGGGGACAAAUUACAUCUCAGUACCUGGGGAGGCAUUUAUAAUGCAGACUGAAACCACCAUUGUUGGCCUUUUCUACCACAACAUGCAUAAGUACUACAAAGAAAUGAGUCCAGUCAAGACAAGGAUUACUCAAUCAGCCAACUACAAGGAUCACAAGAUACAGGUAGCAAGCUGCCUGAUCUCUUUGAAAGUAGAGCCUUUACCAGCUUUGUUGGCCAACCAUUCGGGACCACCACUCAUCAAGAUUGUUCUCACUCAUGUUCUGACUAAAGAACAGCAAGACCAAAUGUUAAAUCAAAGCAACAAAGUCUUCCUCUACUGUGCCUUUUUGGACUACAGUACUAAUGAGGGAGUAUGGUCUAACGAAGGCUGUGUCCGCUCAGAUGGAAACAUUUCGUAUUCUGUGUGUAUGUGCAACCAUCUUACCAAUUUUGCCAUCCUCAUGCAAGUUGUGCAUUUGGAGCUCACUGCUGGCCACAAGAUGGCACUGUCAACCAUUGGGUAUAUUGGAUGUUCAAUUUCCAUCUUCUGCCUUGCCAUCACUCUGGUUACAUUUGCAGUUCUUUCGUCUGUUAGUACCAUCCGUAAUCAGCGCUACCACAUUCAUGCCAACCUGUCCUUCGCUAUCCUGGUGGCAGAGAUCCUACUGCUCAUCAGCGCUCGCUUUGACCCGGGCACACUGCCCUGUAAGAUCACGGCUGUCCUGCUUCAUUUCUUCUUUCUGAGCGCGUUUUCCUGGAUGCUGGUGGAGGGUCUACAUCUCUACAGUAUGGUGGUGAAGGUGUUUGGCUCUGAAGGCAGCAAACACUUUUACUACUACAGCAUUGGAUGGGGUUCUCCAUUGGUGAUCUGUGUUGUGUCCGUGACAUCGGCCCUUGACAGCUAUGGAGACAACUGCUGGUUAUCGCUGGAAGAGGGAGCCAUUUGGGCAUUUGUGGCACCUGCUCUAUUUGUCAUUGUGGUUAACAUAGGCAUUCUGAUAUCUGUGACGAGAAUCAUAUCAAGAAUCAGUGGGGAGAAUUACAAGGUUCACAGAGAUGCUAAUGCGGUCAAGCUGACUGUCAAAGCAGUGGCAGUGCUCCUCCCCAUACUCGGCAUUUCCUGGAUCUUUGGAAUUCUUGCUUUCAACACACACACUACUCCGUUUUUAUAUAUUUUUGCUGUAUUUAACUCAUUACAAGGGUUCUUUGUCUUCUUGUUCCACUGCCUUCUCAACUCUGAGGUAAGAGCGGCAUUCAAGCACAAAACCAAGGUUUGGUCUCUCACCAGCAGCUCUAUAAGAAACAUCAAUGUGAAACCAUUCAACUCUGAUAUUAUGAACGGAAACAAGGAGGAUGUAACUCCCACUAAGAUGAACAUAUGGGACAAAAGCACCAACUCGGCCAACCGUUUUGACCUCUCCGCUGUGUAAAACAAAUUUGCUUGUGUCUGUGACAGGAGAGCAAAGUGUAGGUCACUUGGGUGGAAAUAUUUUCGUCCACUCUGUUUUUAAAUGACUUUGAUUUGAAGUCGUAUGAUGUGUUCACGCUUAAGGACAAACAGACAAGUUGGAGUGUGCUCUAAUACUCUCUGCACAAAUAUGUUUUGUGUUGCUCUUAAAGUACAAAACAAUAUUUCUGAGGUCCACAAUGUGCCAGAUAAAUCCAUGAGAGUAGCACAGGGCUUAGCAGAAACACUCACAUAAACACUCACAUGCAGGAAAACCCUCAAUCAUUGUUUACACCAGAAACCAGAGGACAGCUCAUCUGAAACACUAAAGCUGAAAAUUUCUAUCCAAUGAUUCUGUUUUCCUUGUCUUAAUUUCCCCAUUAAAUGAAUAGUUAUGAAAAACCAA